AUGUCUAUGCGUGAGGAUGAGAGUAUAGAUGAGUUUCAUGGUCGCCUUCUUAGUGUUACAAACCAGUGUCAAGGAUUGGAAGACCCCAUUCCCUCCCAUAGGAUUGUCAAAAAAUUCCUUCGUGCUCUUCCUCCUAGUUAUGAGGCUAAGCAAAUUGCCAUAGAGGAAGCCCAGAAUCUAAACACCUAUUCCUUAGAUGAGUUGGUAGGAAACUUGAAAGUUUUCGAGUCUAAGAGAAAGAAGUCUAGGAAGGAAAAGACCAUAGCCUUAUCCACUAUCAAUGAGGUAGAUGAGAAAGAAAAGGAACCGGAGGUUCUUGAGGAUAGUUUGGAUGAGAUUGCCUACCUAACUAAACAGUUUGAUAAGUUGCUUAGGAAGAGAAGGUCUUUCCCUGUUGGUCGUUAUCCCUCCCUAGGUUCGGCUUCUAGGAAUCCUAAACCUAGUGAUACCACAGGCGAUAGGACUCCCAAGCCUAAAACCUUUCAGAAAAGUGAUAAGUGCUAUGCGUGUGGUGGUGUCAGACAUAGAGUUGUUGAAUGUCCAAGUAGGAAGAAUAAAUCCCACAAAGCUUUUAAGGUGUCUUGGAGUGAUAGUGAUUCCGAGCAAUUCUCCGAUCAUGAUGAUGAGAAUAUAGCUCUUGUUGCCUCUAUUGAGUUAGAUGAGUUCUUUGAGGAUGAUGACUGUGAUAUCUCCAUGCAUAAUAAGUGUUCUAGGUUAGUGUCUGCCUCUAAGUCCAUGCUUGCAAAAAUUGAAGCUCUCUCUAAUGAGCUUUCAGAAUGCAAGGAGACCAAUGAAGGGAUGCAUGAGAAGUUGCUAUCCCUCAAGUCAAAAUGGAAGACAGAAAAGGUUUGUCUAGAGGACCAAGUGUUGUCUUCGCAAACUAGUCUAGAUUCUCAGACCAAACUAGUUUCUACUCUAACCUCUGAAAAGUCAGAUCUUGAGAAAGCCCUAAUUGAUUCACGUCAACAAUUUGAGACGUUCUCUUUUGGGUCCGAAAAGUUGACUAAGAUUUGUGGUUUGGGUAAGUCCGAUAGGGACAAGUUUGGUCUAGGGUUUGUAUCUGGAAGUUGUUCUAGUCAGGGACACAUCCGUCCUCGUUGUAGGAAGCUUAGAUUCAGUCAGCAAAACUCUAGGAAGUCACAGAAGAAGGAGAGUAUCACUACUUUUCAGUCAACUCUUGAGGACUCCCUUAAGGAGCUAUCUAGGAUAGCACAGAGUCUUGCCAUCCCAAAGCCAAAAAUCCCAGCUAGGAAUCCUCCUGCUAGGAGAAGAGCCAACCCUAAGGUAGGAAAGGCUAGGAGAACUUUUGAGACAAAUUAUCUUCAUAAACAUGUUCGGGACCAUGAUUUUGAUGAUGACGAUCUGUCAUGUUUUGUUACAAGGGUCAGCUUCCAUCCUAAACCUCAGGAUAUGAUAGUGGCAAUCUGCAAUGUCGCCCUUACUGCUCUUUCAACUAGGAAGCCCGACUCUUGGUAUGUUGAUAGUGGUUGUUCUAGGCACAUGACUGGAGACCGAAAGUGGUUCUCAUCCAUGGAUAAGACAUAUCCAUCAGGCAGUGUUGUGUUUGGGGAUGGUGCCAAGACUGAGAUCAUAGGCAAAGGGACAGUUAGUACUCCUGGUCUCCCAUGUCUGAAGAAUGUUCUUCUUGUUAGAGGUCUAGAAGUCAGCCUGUUAAGUGUCAGUCAGAUUGUGGAUGAACAUAACUUUGUCACUUUUGACAAGUCAAGAUGUCUCAUCUUAGAUGGAAAAGGUAGGAGUAUCAUGAGAGGUGAUAGGACUAGAGAUCAAUGUUAUUGUAUCUCUGCCCAUGAGAAGUUCACUCCCCAAAUCUGUUUUCGAUCUCAAGUUGCCGAGGACCUUCUUGAUCUAUGGCAUAGACAUAUGUGCCAUCACAACCAUCAAGACAUUGUCAAGCUCUCUGCACAAUCCGGGUAA